CGACGUACUGACAGAUGCGUUCAACUAAUCGGGAGACACUACCUCAAAAACACCAAACGCACAAGUCAAGACCUGCCCUUCCCUAUUUCUUAUCUUGUCUGAAGUUGAGCCAUCUUUACAAUGUCGUCUGUUGGUGGAGAACGAUGUACUAGUGAGGCUUCGCAGGACGCAAAAGAAACCUGCAAUGUUGUCAUUUUUGGAGAAACGGGCGCUGGUAAAAGCUCCUUGAUCAAUUUGAUCACCGGGACGCAAAGAGCGCUGACGUCCUGCGACGCUAUGGGAUGUACAGCUGAAACAAAUACGUACGACAUUCUAAUUCAGAACGAGACCUUGAAGGUAACGCUUUUUGAUACAGUUGGUCUCGAUGAGGGCUCUGAAGGAACAGUCCCCGAUAAAGAAGCUCAACAAGUUUUGAAGAAACUCAUUCAAAGUCUUCAAGAUAACGUUCAUCUCCUCAUGUACUGCGUGCGAGGUGUGAGAGCUAGGAAGGCGCUCUACCGCAACUACAACUUCAUCCGCUCUCAAGUGAAGGAGAGGGUUCCAAUUGUCCUUGUCGUUACUUGUUUGGAAGACCAUGAACCAGAAAUGGAAGACUGGUGGAAGGACAACGAACGACUGAUCUCAGACUUCGGGAUGACCUUUGCUGGCCACGCAUGUGUCACCACGGUGACUAUCGACGAUAAUGUAGCAAUUAGGCUCGAGCAGCGCCAUAACCAAUCAUACCUCGCCGUCUGUCAACUUAUCGAGCAGUGUCGCAGGAAAGGGCAUCGACGUCCACUGUUGGAUGCUGGCGAAAGGCAACAAAACACUAUCUGGCGGGUACCUCCUAAAAUGGCUACAAGAAGCAGCAUCGUACUCACUGGGGAGUCGGUGGCUAGCAAUGGCUCACCUACCAACGUCAAGGAAAUAGCAACCACGUACGCUGACAAGCAACGCCUCACCCUACAGCGUAAAGAUACCAUCGACGAUUUUGAGGUGUUCAAUACCACUAACAGGCGUAAAGUUAUUGUGGUUUUUGGGCAGACGGGAGCAGGAAAAAGCUCACUCGUCAACCUCAUGGCGGGAAAGGAGGUAGCUCACACAUCUCCUGACACGCAACGUUGUACAAUGCAGUGGAAAGAGUAUUCUAUCGACUUCGACGGUGGCUUGUAUACGGUUUUCGAUACUAUUGGGCUCGAGGAGCCGCAACUGGGAAUCAAAGAGUACCUCGAGUCUGUCGAAAACGCCUAUCAGCUCCUCAGGAAAUUGGAAGAAGAAGGCGGCAUCGAUCUGCUUCUAUUCUGCGUUUGCGCCAGUAAAGUCACUGCCACGCUUCAAAGUAAUUAUCGGCUCUUUCACGAAUUCCUCUGCUGUAAGAAGGUUCCCAUCGUUCUCGUCAUCACAAACCUAGAGAGAGAGCAGAGGAUGGAGAAUUGGUGGGAGAGAAACGAGGGCACCCUCGACAAGUAUCAGAUAAAGGUCGCGGGACAUGCGUGCAUCACCGCCGCCAAUAGAUUGGACGGCAGACACAAAGACCUUUAUGAAGAAUCGCGCGUCACGAUCCGCAACCUUGUUAAGAAUUAUACUGCCGACGGGCAGAAGCAGGCAUGGAUGGGAGGGCACAACCUGUUCGUGUCUUUUAUGCGCAAGCUGAAGGGGUCGCUUAUAGGGGGUUCGCAUGUGAGAAGGAAGGAUAUUGUCCCCCGUCUUACGAAGCGUUGUGGCAUAUCUACAGAGGCCGCAAAAGAGUUGGCUAACAUGAUCAAGCAAGACAUAGCUUGACCUCCCAUUGAACUUAUCUCAUCCGAUAUUGUCCCUCAUCUCA